AUGCACCGUUCAUUCAUUCUUUCGAGCCUCAGUGCUCUCUUUUCAAUCGCUACCGCGGCUCCAUCAUCCGAGAUCUCUCCUCGCCAGACGUGUGAGUUUGACUCGGCCAACAACCCUACCUGUUGGGGAGAAUACUCCUUGUCUACCAACUGGUAUGAUGAGGCUCCCGACACUGGAGUUGUCAGAGAGUUCUGGUGGGAGAUCACCGAGACUACUGCUGCACCGGAUGGCUUCUCUCGUCCUGUCCAGGCGAUCAAUGGAUCCAUUCCUGGGCCUCAGAUCAUAGCUGACUGGGGUGAUACUAUCAUUGUCCAUGUCAAGAACUCUGCUACCCAGAACGGAUCAAGUAUCCACUGGCAUGGUAUCAGACAAGAAGGAUCGAACCUCUUUGAUGGUGUCUCUGGAAUCACUCAGUGUCCCACCGCACCUGGUGACUCUUUCACAUAUCAAUGGAAGGCUACACAAUACGGCACAACCUGGUACCACUCGCACUUUAGUCUGCAGGCUUGGAACGGUGUCUUUGGUGGUGUCAUUGUCAACGGCCCGGCAUCCGCACCCUACGACGAGGACAAGGGCACAUUGCUGUUGUCAGACUGGUACCACCCAACAGUCGACUCGCUGUUCCAAGGCGCUCAGACCGGCAACAUUCCCGCCGCGCAGAAUGGUCUGAUCAACGGUACCAACACAUACAAGGACGGUGGCUCCAAGUUCCAGACCACCGUCACCUCGGGCAGCCGCACCCGUCUCCGCCUCGUCAACACGGCCCUGGACACGCACUUUCGAUUUACCAUUGACAACCACAACCUGACCGUCAUUGCUGCCGAUCUGGUGCCUAUCCAGCCCUUCACCACCGACACCAUCAACAUCGGCAUUGGCCAGCGCUACGAUGUCAUUGUCGAGGCCAACCAGGACCCGGGCAACUACUGGCUCCGUGCCAUCCCCAUGUCGUCGUGCUCCAGCUCAAACGAGAACUCAAUGAACAUUACCGGCAUCUUCAACUACGAGGGCGUGGAUGUGGCUUACCCGACGACUACGGGCUGGUCGUACAGCGACAACUGCGACGAUGAGACUGCCAACCUGGUGCCCUACGUCGAGCUCGACGCCGCUCAAGAUGGCUUGACCUCUGAAUUUGAAAUCGGUCUCUCUGCCAACGGCGUAUUCCGCUGGACCAUUAAUGAGCAGCAGUUUUACACCCACUGGGAGUACCCAACCCUGCAACAGGUCAUUGACCAGAACAGCUCCUGGGCCGAGGUGCAGCAAGUCAACAUCUUUGACGAGGAGAACGAGUGGGUAUACUUUGUGAUUGAAUCUCAGAUCGGUAUUGCUCACCCGAUCCAUCUCCACGGCCAUGAUUUCUAUGUCCUCGGUCAACAGGCUGCAGCUACAUAUGAGAGUACAGACCAGCUCAACUUUGCCAACCCCAUCCGGAGAGACGUUGCCAUGUUGCCUCCGGCUGGCUACCUAGUCAUUGGCUUCCCUACCGACAACCCAGGUGUCUGGCUGCUUCACUGCCACAUUGGCUGGCACACGGUCGAAGGUCUCGCUUUGCAACUGGUCGAGCGCCAGUCCGAGAUUGCCGCCAUUGUCGACGCCGACUACCUCGCCCAGAGCUGCUCUAGCUGGGUCGACUUUACCACCGACACUGAAAAGAUCCAGGACGAUACCGGUAUCUAG